AGACGAGGAGGCUCCUAAAGUGGUCUUUCUAGCCACCUUCCUCAGAGAUCCUGUCGUUCCUUCAGAAGCGGCGUUGUGGUGCGUCGGAGCGCUUCGGAGUUGGAGGGCGGCGCCCAGGACCCUGGUGGGAGAGUGUCGGCGCUGCGCGGGAGGAAGGGCGGGAGGCGACGUUGGAGGAGCUCGGAUCGCAGAACCUCUGGGCGAGGAGCGAGGAAAGCGCGGCGCCCGGCGCUGGCACAGCGUCUCGGACGCGGACGGCUGGCGUGAGGACCGAGCCAUGGCGCGUCCUUCAAACCCGCGAGCACUGCCGCCCGCGUUCCUGCUCCUGCUGCUGGUAUCUCUGCGGCUCCGAGCCGACCCCCUUCCUACUGAGGGCCGGCUGAUGAACAACUGUAUCCAGGCCAGGAGGAAGUGCCAGGUUGAUCCUAUUUGCAGUGCUGCCUACCACCACCUGAAUUCCUGCACCUCUAGUGUAAGCACCCCAUCACCCGCACAGGAGCUUUUGGUCCCUGAGGAGUGCAGGGAGGCAGCACAGCACCUGAGGAAUAGCUCUCUGAUGAGCUGCACAUGCCACCGCCGCAUGAAGAACCAAGUUGCCUGCCUGGACAUCUACUGGACCGUUCACCUUGCCCGCAGCCUUGGUGACUUUGAACUGGAUGUUUCCCCCUAUGAAGACGCAGUGACCAGAAAACCCUGGAAAAUGAAUCUCAGCAAACUGAACAUGCUCAAACCAGACUCAGACCUCUGCCUCAAAUUCGCCAUGCUGUGCACUCUUAAUGACAAGUGUGACCGGCUGCGCAAGGCCUAUGGGGAGGCGUGCUCGGGGUCCCGCUGCCAACGCCCCACCUGCCUCCGGCAGCUCCGCGCCUUCUUUGAGAAGGCGUCGGAGCCCCACUCUCAGGGCCUGCUGCUGUGCCCGUGCGCACCGGCCGACCAGGGCUGCGGGCAACGCAGGCGCAACACCAUCGCUCCCAGCUGCGCGCUGCCGUCAGGGGCCCCCAACUGCUUGGAGCUGCGGCGCGUCUGCAUCUCUGACCCGCUGUGCAGAUCUCGCCUGGUGGAUUUUCAAACCCACUGCCAUCCUCUGGACAUCUUAGGGACCUGUGCAACAGAACAUUCCAGAUGUCUGCGAGCAUACAUGGGGCUGAUUGGGACUGCCAUGACUCCCAACUUUGUCAACAAUGUCAACACCAGUGUUGCCUUAAGUUGCACUUGCCGAGGCAGUGGCAACCUGCAGGAUGAGUGCGAGCAGCUGGAAGAGUCCUUCUCCCACAACCCCUGCCUCAUGGAGGCCAUUGCAGCGAAGAUGCGUUUUCAUAGCCAACUCUUCUCUCAGGACUGGGAAGACUCCACCUUUCCCGUGAUGGAACGCCAGAACAAAAACCCUGCUCUGAGACCACAGCCCUGGGUGUCCUCUCUUUUCUUCUGUAUGCUUCCCUUGAUUCUGUUCCUGAGCCUCUGGUAACUGGACUUCCUCUGGGUCCCUCUGCUCUCUACCACACCCAGCCUGACCUGCACCCUCAAUGGCUAAGGAAAGAGCAGCAUCAGGAAGGAGGUGCAGUAAAGUAUGGCGACCCUGAUUGCACACUCAUAUCCAGCUGACUCCCAGAUGGGGUCAUAGUAGAAACUGACUGAGUUCUCAAUCCCUCUGCUUCUGACUCAGGCUGCCCUUCCUUAGGACUUGGUGACUAUGGUUUAGUCCUAUCUUCUGGUGGAGACCACCUCUACAAAGCUCUCUCCUAAUCCCUUCCUUCUGCCCACCAGAAUCACCCAGGCUCUAGCCAAUCAGUCAUUCUCUAUUGCAUUCUCCAGGUAGGCAGGGCUGGAUGUUCUGAUGGGAACCUAGAAAGACAUUCCCCAUGGUGAGGAAGGCUGGGGCAAGACUCCUACCCCUUUGUCAGCAGGAGAUGAGAACCUGCUGCCUACCCUUCACGGGGAUCCUGCAGAGCAUUUGAGCAUCAGGAGCCAGAGCAUUUGGGUCUGGCUUUCUUCCUGUUCCUGUCCCAAAGUACUCCCAGCCACUUGCAUCAUGAUUAAAUAUUUGACUUAAAGACUUUGCUCUUUUCCUACUUUCUCACAUUGUGAAUUUAUACAGAAUUAAGGGUGUUGUGGACACAAGAGUAGAGGCCAAGUGAGACAGCAACCCUGCCACCAGAAGCUGUGUGACUUCCGGCAAGUCUCUCAACCUUUCUGUGUACUUGACAUGGAGUUGGAAGAACAGACAGCUUAGGGGAAGCUGUUGACUUUGUAUCUGUCCCAGAUCCAGCCAUUUGUAGAAUACUGUCUGGGAUUUGCCACAGCAGCUAAGAGGGGAGUGUCCUUAGCCUACCAAAGCAUUUAUGGAGCACGUUUUUUGUUUGCUCCAGACUAUAAUGGGGGCCAGAGGAAAGGAGAGACUGGCCCUUGAUCUCAUUUGCAAUCCUGUUGGGAUAAGGAAACAAAGUAG